CGCGUCCAUCUUCCCUGUCCCUUUACCUCCGGCUCCUCCCCGAAUCCUGGCUUCUGCGUCCUCCUCUUUGUCCUGCCGCGUUCCUCCUCCCCAUACCGUCACCCCUAGUUCUUCCCCUUUUCCCUUCUGCGUCUCCAUCAAUCUCCUUCACUUCUGACUCCUUAUCCUCGCCUCUAGCUCCUCCUCGCCCUGCCCCCUCACCUCUGGCCCCACCCCCUUUCCUCUGCCGCGCUCCUCCGUUGCAGGCCCCCACCUGCCUCCUCUGGCGCCUCCUCUGGCCCCUCCUCUUCGUCUCUACCGCAGAUUCCGCCCCCUCCUCUGGCUCCUCCCCUUAUUUCCUGCCACACUCCUCCUCCCGACCCGCCCCCCUCCUCUGGCUCCUCCCCUUCUCCCAUGCUGCGCUCCUCCUUCCCGACUCCGCCAUCCGACCGCCCCUGUCGUUCACUGGCCGGAAGAGGUGGUGCCAGGGCCGUUGCUAUGAUACGACCAGCAACGGAGAAAGCGGCGAGUUUGGAAGCUGCUUUUUAGGAGGCCGGGCAAGCACUUCGGCGAGAAUAGUUGCGUUUCGUACACAGGAAAAUGUCUAGUCAGGAGGAUAAAUAUGAAGCUCAGAAUAUAGAUGAUUCAACAGAAGAAACUGAUGAUGCUUUUGACACCAUCACUAUUCCGGUUCCCUCAGAAGAGCCUCAAGAGUCAGAUCAAACUGAAGAGCAUGAAUCUGGACUAGAACAAUUCAAUGAGAGCCGUGCAAUGCACGUUAAGGAGCAGAGUGCCCAAAGCUUUUCAAGCGUGGAACCAGACAAUGAACAACUCAUGGAAGAGGUUAUAUCACCAAGACAAGUUUCAUAUACUCCACUACAUCACGAAAGGCAAUUUGCAAUGCAGAGUCCAAAUGAUGAUAGUUUGGCAUUUCUGGAUAAAAUAAAGGCUAUAAAGGAGGCUUUACAUGAAUCAAAGGAAGAUUCUCUAGCAACAGUAAAAGUUGUACUUAUUCCAGUGGGCCAGGAAAUUGUAAUGCCUUUUAAGGUUGAUACCAUUCUUAAACAUCUCAAGGACCAUUUUUCACACUUAUUAGGUAUCCCACAUUCUAUACUACAGAUAAGAUACUCAGGAAAAAUUCUUAAAAAUAAUGAGACUCUAGUACAACAUGGAGUUAAGCCACAGGAAAUUGCACAAGUGGAAAUCUUUUCUGCAAAUCCAGAUCAGUAUCCAGUCAAAAGAAUAGUUGGAUUAACUGAUGUCUGUCAAAUCAUAGCUGUCACUGUCCAAACUGGCAUUGAUCAAUACCAGCAAGUAACUGUUGAGAUUGUCAAAUCUGACUUUCACAAACCAUUUCUUGGUGGAUUCAGACAUAAAAUAACAGGAGUAGAGUAUCACAAUGCUGGAACACAAACCAUACCUAGAAAGAUUUCUGAAAGAUCCAAUGUAUUUUGUAGGGAUACACAGACAGUUUUUGAGAAAAAAAAGCUCCAACAAACUACAAAUACAGCAUCUACACAGAUGACUAACAUUGGUGUAUAUGUAUCAAAUAUGACUGAUAAACUGGUAACACCAGGGAAGUAUUUUUCAGCAGCAGAAUACCAUGCUCAAAGACUAAAGGCGGUGAUAGUGAUACAGACUUACUUCAGGCAAUGGCAUGCUAAAACCUUCGUAGAGAAUGUAAGAAGACAGAAAUGCUUAAGGUUGGAAUGGGAAAGACAGGAAGAACUAAGGAAGAGAAGCGAAAAAGAAGAAUGGAUAAAAUUGGACUAUGAUCGGAGGCAUAAUCCUAAAACAAAUGAAGAUUUUGAAUUACUUCAUAAUGCAUUAGAAUUCUGGUGGCAAGAAGAACUUAAACGUAUUAACCAAUCUUUCACUGGAGCUGAAAGGAAAGCUGCUCUAUGUGAACUUCUGGAAAAAGAGACUCAGAUAAUUGCUUCCAUUGGGAGACACAAAUACAUUGCUUAUAUGGCGAAUCAGGAAGCAGCAGUACAAGCUUUUUUGGAUAAGUGUUCAGCUCCAAAAAUAUGGAGAACACCUAGUGGCAAAACAAUUGAGAUGGAUACACAGUUCACCAUCAGAGCCAGAGAGCUGCAAAACAUCUAUAAGUGCAUUAUGCUGAAAAAUAUCUCUCAGGAUGAGAGGCUCGAUGUGCUCCUAACUCUUAAACACACUGUAAAGGAACAUGAAUGUAAACUAACUCAGGAAAUUCUAGAAUUGAUUGACAGAGAGGUUGACCUUAUGAUGAGAGGAGUCAAACAUCAUAACCUUGAAGGACUCAGGAAAAGAAUUGCGACACUGUUUUUUCAUUAUAUCAAAACACCUCUGUUUAAUCCUCAAGUUGCAAAAUACCUUAAGGUCCCUCAAGACCCAUUGAAAUUUUAUAAGAAGAUUUACUUUUGCCACAGUUGCCAGCUUUAUUUGCCUUCUACAGAGUUUUCUGUGUCAUCCACCUCACGCCGCAUAUACCGGUGUCGUAACUGCGUUAGCCUUGAGAAUGAGGCUCAAAAACGAGAAUCAUUUUUGAAGUACAAAUGUUUACUUCAACAGCUCUACUAUACAGAAGCUGAUUAUGAAGAUGAUUCUAAAAUUGCUUUCUUGAUGCAGCUACAAGAUAUUCAGUACCUGACAGAGAACAUCUGGGCAUCCCAGUCAGUCCUCAGUGCCUGGGACAAUCUCAGUGAUCUGGCCAUGGUCAGAUGGGAUAAAUCCCUGGAGUGGUCCCCCUGGAACUGUAUUCUUCUUACCAAAGAUGAAGCAGCUGCUCAUCUCAAGCUAACAAGUAUUGAAGAGGGAUAUGAACGCUCAUUUAUUCACAAGAUCAAACACAAACAUAUCCUGGCUAAGAACUAUUUUUCUCAGAUUCCAGUGCUGGCUUCAUUUAUACUUGAUGAUGAUGAAAUAGAUGAGAUCAGACAGAAAUAUCGCUCAGACACGACACCUAAGAUUAUAGAAUCCCAAAGGCCUCCUCCUUAGAUGAUCCAGGAGUAUUUGUUUGAUGAUUGGUAUUUUUUUCACUGCUAAUAGGGUAAUACAGAGGUCACAGAGUGUGGAAAUGGAAUUUAAUCUGUUUGUUGAUUUUGUUUUUUGUUUUUUAUGUUAUUUUGAGGUCUAUGAAGAGAAACAUUUCUAUCUAUGUGUUUUGUUGUUAGGAAGUUAGUGCUAAAUUGAAAUGCAAUUUUGUUGCUGAAAUUAAUAUUUCGCAGUAAAGAAAACAUUUUAAAAUGUAUGUUUACAUUAAAUUUUAAAAAGUUUCAAGUAUAUUAUAGUUAAAAUCUAACAUCCAAAUAAAAACUAGACUUAACUUUCACGUUAUUUAUUUUAGAUAAAAUGUAGUUAUAGGAAGCUAAUCAGUAUAUGGAUGAGAGGAAACAUAAAAUGCUCUUUCUUGAAAUCUUCUAUAAGUAGGAUAAAAUAAUUUAUAUUUUAGUACAUACAUUUGAAUUUUUGCAGUUUAUUGUCUGCUUUCACCUUCCAUCUUUCUCAUAAUCCCAAUAAAACAAUUUAAACUAUUUGUAAAUAAACAUAAAACUUUCAUUCUGGAGCUAUUAGCAUAUGCAAGCAAUAUUCCCUGUAGGCAAUGGUGAAACUCUGUAAGAAGAAUAAACUUGAUUAAAUAAACCAUAACAACUCCCUUCUCCAAUAAACUAAAGGAGUGACCUUGACCACAUAGAUGUUAGGGACCUACAGUGAUGAACAAUGGUUUGCCAGUCAGUCUUAACAAGAAAUGGAUGGCACCCUCAAUAUAGCUUAAGCUAAGGAGAGUUUAUUUACAAAGGGCCCUAUUACAAGGUGUGGGUAGUGUGUAGGGAAACUAAAGGAAUAAUAGUGCAGGAACCCAGGACCAGUAUCAGACAGGCCAUCUCUCUCUAGUCUCAAAUGAACUUAGGGAGAAAGUCUGAGAACCCAGAGAGAAUGUAAAGAAGAUAACAGAGGAUCAAUGACUAGCUGUGAAGGGAACAGCCAGCCAGGCAUAGGGGAAUCUCAUGAACUAGAGAAAUACUCAAGUUUCAUACUUCUCCCUUCCUCCAGUCUCCUGCUUGGGUUUCCCACUGGCCAAACCCAAAAGGAAAGCAGAAGGGGUAGGAAUUAGUUGACAAAAUUUUUACGCUUCAAGGCAAAGAGCAAGGGAAGAAUAUGUAAGGGGGAAGAGUAGAUUUGAAGGGCUAGACAGUAUCCAGGUGGAGAAA